AUGCAUGCUCUACAAUUGUCUCCAGCUAAGACCAUUCUUCCUCGUCCUCUUUCAGCCCCGAGCAUGAUGUGUUUUAAAUUGCUUUUAAAUUGCUUUUUCCAGUUCCAUUAUACUUGCUGCUGGGAUGGCCGGCCUGCAGUGAGCAUUACCGCAGUAGUAGAUCCGUUAUCACGAAGUGCUCAGAAGCUUUCGACUAUUCUACCAGUUCUACGCAAAAGCAUCAAUUGUGACGUGAAAAUAGUACUUAACCCGAAAUCGAAGCUCAGUGAAGUGCCUUUGAAGAGCUUCUAUCGUUACGUUGCAAAGCCUCAUCUGCAAUUUGACAUAAAUGGCGAAGUUAUCGAAAAUCAAGCGAGGUAA